AUGCAAGAGCAGCAAUACCAACUUCACCACAUUCCAUUGAUGCAAGUCAAGAACAUGUGGAGAGUCCAAGAGAGAGAAGAUGAUUGGGCACUUGUAACCUUUGUUGGAGAACAAAAUCAAGACCCAAGAAAGUGUAAGAAGGCAAUGGAGAAGGUGAACAUCGAGCCAUGUGUGAAGAUGGACACCCAAACCCUUGAUCUUCUCAAGAUAAGAGAUGAUGUCACAUGGUACAUAAGGAAGCUAGGCUUGAGCAAGCUCUUCAAGCUAGAAUGUAGUGAGUACUCACAACUCACCAAGGAGUUCCUCUCCACAGUAGCUCUUGCCUUUCCCAACCACAAUGGAGACCAACCAGCUGGUGAUGGACUCCUACUCUUCAAGAUAGGCGAUGCCAAUGGGCGCAUCUCCAUCUCAGCUCUAUGCCAACUCUUUGGACUUCCCAAUGAGACAGCACAUGACUUCAAGGAGAACUCAAAGAGGAAACAAGCUGCCUUUGCUGAUUGGACACACUUUGCCAAUGAACCAUUCUUGCCUUCAAGGUCAAAGGUGUCUAGAAUCACUCAUCCAGCCAUUCGCUAUGUGCACCGCCUCAUCUCCACCACUUUCCAAUGCAAACAAGAAGCCAACAAGGUCACAACUGAUGAGUUCUACAUCCUCACCACACCAUUCAUCAAGCAUGAGUACAAGGCCAACCUUGGACUUUUACUUGCCAAGACAUUCAUCAAUGUGAGGAAGCUAGCUAAAGACUUGGAAGGCAACAAGAAGCUUUGUGUUCGUUUUGGGAGGCUUAUCACGGCCAUAGUACUGCAUGUGGGGAUUGACAUUCCCAACUAUGAGCCACUACCCAAGCCAACCCCUUUGGAUCUCCAUGCUCUUCAGCACAUCCACUUCCUAAACCGUUGGACUAAAGACCCAACUCGGUUUUGCUAUGAGUUUCCAAUUGGUCCAGCCAACACUUCCCUUGUCUUGCUGCCACAUGAAGACAUCCCAAGCCUACGCUCAGGAGUUGUCACUUUCCAGCCCAAUGAGGAAGAUUCUAUGUUCCAUCAAGUGAGAAACCAUCAUUCCCCAUGCUCACCUAUCGCACACUUCAGCAUGCAGUCAAGACUCAACGCCGCCUCCAAGAACGCCAUGUUCUCACUACUGGCAUGGCGCGCACCAAGCUCUAGACCGUGUUAA